AUGGAAAACACUCAGACCAAUGCUUUCCAGACACUCAGAACUACAUACGAUAUUUUUAUCAAUCAUCGUGGAAUCGACUCCAAGGAAACCGUGGCGAGUCUCGUUUAUCACAAUCUCCAAAACAAGGGCUACAAUGCUUUCUUGGACAAGAAGUCUGUUCAAGUGGGAAGGAGAAUACCCAGAUCAAUAAUGGAGGUUAUUCUCAGUGCUGCUGUGCACGUAGCCAUUUUUUCAAACAACUACGCUGAGUCUGCUUGGUGUCUGAAGCAACUCUAUCUUAUGUUCAAAAGUGAGACAGCUAUAGUCCCUGUGUAUUGGGGAGUUCAACCUUCCGAACUUCGCAUGAAAGACAAAGACACAGCAUAUGCUCGAGCUUUCCAGAUUCACAAGCGGACUAGAAAAAUCAGGACACAAAAGCUUAAGAAAUGGAAGAAGGCUCUGAGUAAGGUUUCACGUAUACAGGCUGAUUGA